CCCGCGGUGGCCUCGGGCGGGGAUCGGUGCCCCGGAGCCCGCGCCCCCCGCCCCCAGCCACACGCAAUCCCCGGCGGCGAUGAGACAGAGCGGCGCCUCCCAGGCCCUGCUGAUCAACAUGUACCUGCCAGAUCCCGUCGGAGACGGUCUCUUCAAGGAGGGCAAGAGCCCGGGCUGGGGGCCGCUGAGCCCCGCGGUGCAGAAAGGCAGCGGGCAGAUCCAGCUGUGGCAGUUCCUGCUGGAGCUCCUGGCCGACCGGGCUAACUCAGGCUGCAUCGCCUGGGAGGGGGGCCACGGCGAGUUCAAGCUCACCGACCCCGACGAGGUGGCCCGGCGCUGGGGCGAGCGCAAGAGCAAACCCAACAUGAACUACGACAAGCUGAGCCGCGCGCUGCGCUACUACUACGACAAGAACAUCAUGAGCAAGGUGCACGGCAAGCGCUACGCCUACCGCUUCGACUUCCAGGGCCUGGCACAGGCCUGCCAGCCGACCCCCGGGCACACCCAGGCGGCCCAGGCCGCAGCCGCCGCGGCCGCCCAGGACGGCGCCCUGUACAAGCUGCCCGCCGGCCUGGCCCCGCUGCCCUUCCCCGGCCUCUCCAAACUCAACCUCAUGGCCGCCUCCGCAGGGGUGGCACCCGCUGGUUUCUCCUACUGGCCUGGCCCCGGCCCAGCCGCUACAGCCGCCGCCACUGCGGCGCUCUACCCCGGCCCUGGCCUGCAGCCCCCGCCUGGGCCCUUCUGUGCGGCAGUGGCCGCCGCCUCGCACUUGGGGGGCCAUUACCACUAGCUGGGGCGGCCUGCUG